AUGAUGAGUGUCUGCAAGAAGCAGUCCGCACGAUUGAGCCAUACUAUUGCUCGUGGUAAUCCCACGGUCGCAGUACUCUACCAAGCUCUCGAGCCACCGGUAAUUAACGGUGCUCGCAAGCCUCGCAAGCCUGGCGGCUACCAAGACUCAGGCGCAGACAUCGCAUAUACACUUCACAAGCAUGGCGUCCGCGUUCAUACUCCGUCGGCAUCCCCGAACCCUCGAGUGCAGGAAGGCUGGUGCUUCCCCGACACCGAGGGGGGCAUUCUCUCCGCCGUGCAGCAGGGCGCAACACACCUCUGGGCCAACACCAUCCUGUUCUCGUCGCAUCCACUACAGGUAUCAGAGGCUCUGGCCUCCAGCCACGCCCUUUCUAUCGUUGGACAACCUCCGACGCUAGUCGAGGACUUCGACGAUAAAGCCUACCUGAACGAGCAGCUCCGCAAGUACGGCUCCUUCACUCUGCCCCAGUCCUGGCUCAUCCGCGUCACAGACAACAUAUCCCCAAUCCUGGCCUCCAUUCCCCGCUACCCUGUCGUCGGCAAGCCCGUCCGUGGCCGCGGCAGCCACGGCGUGAAGCUUUGUCGUGAUCACGCAGAACUCGAUGCACAUGUCAACGCACUGGUGCAGGAAUCCCCGGUGGUUCUGAUCGAGGAGUUCCUCACCGGCGAAGAAGCGACCAUCACGGUCAUGCCGCCUUGCGCCGGCCGUGAUUCGCACUGGAGUCUCCCGCCUGUCACGCGAUUCAAUCAUGUCGACGGUGUGGCGCCUUACAACGGUGCAGUGGCUGUCACUGCCAACUCACGCGCGGUGACCGCAGAGGAGAUGCAGGAUGCGUCGUACGGCGCUGUCAUGCGGCAGUGUGAGCAGGUGGCGAAGCUGAUCGGGGCCACCGCGCCCAUACGGAUUGAUAUUCGACGGUUCCGUGAGGGCUCCGAGUUCGCCAUCUUUGAUAUCAACAUGAAGCCGAACAUGACUGGCCCCGGCCGUGCCGGCCGUGAGGAUCAGGCCAGUCUGACAGCCCUUGCUGGCGCUGCCAUCGGAUGGGAAUACGGAACCCUCCUGCAGCACAUCCUCGAAGGUGCCGAACCGUUAGAUCGGUUCCGCAACUAUAAGAACCCAUUCGCGCGUUCCUGA